AUGGCCGAGCAGAGCAGAGUCACGGAUACGAGAGUCGCAAGUAGCUCUGGCGCCAGACACAUGCCCAUACAGUAUACCGACGGGCCAUCGCCAGGGGAGAAGAGCCUAGCUGCGCCGAGUAGACGGUACUUGAUCCUCGCAGCAUCUCUUGCGGUGCGCCACCGUCUCUGCUACCUCGCCGCCAGGCAGACGCUGUUGCAAGCGUGGCUCCAGCGGCGGUGGAGCAGCCCGUUGGAGCGACCCAUGGCCGGAAACAGGGAUGGGCGCCGAUCUAACCAGAUGUGCUACACACGGCCGAGCCGGGCAAAGCAGCGAUCGACGAGCAUUUGGGCGAUGGUGAUGGUGAUGGUGAUGGUUGGUUCUGCCUCUUUGCGCAGCCUCGGGAGUUUGGCUUGGUUGCAGCAACCGACAUGUGAAGUCAUCUCAUACAGUAUACAGUCGUUGUUUGGAUGCUCGAGCUGGACAUCCGACUUGACUCGAUGGCCCCCUGUCUUUGACCAGCUAAACGAGCGCGGAGAUGCCGCACCAUGGCCCGACAGGCCACUGGUCCGUCCCAUUGGCCUCGCCGCCGGAAAUUGCAGAGGCAAAAAGUCUGGUUGUCGAUUUGGUUCACCAGAUCCAGUGUCUAUUGCCUCGCGGAUGCAAGCAGAGACCGCAAACCGCAAGCAGCACUAUGCACCGCGAUCUGGGGUUUUGGAUGGCAAUCGUGGUUGGCCAGCGUUGCCUGGGGCUAUUCUUCGUGGUGCGGCCGCUAUUCUGCCCUCGUAG